GAUAAAACACGUCAGCACUAUAUGAUAGUUCGUUGGGCCUGUCAUCUGGCAACGCUCGCGCACCCGCCGUCUUUCCUAAAGAGGAAAGCGCGACCAAGACGCGCCAACACCAUCACGAUCAAUUCCCCCUAUGCAAUAUAUAGCAACUUUUUAUCACCAGAAUAUAGCGGACGAAGCCUUCGCUGGCAAGCGUUGCCGUCGGGAGACCCGGCAGUUUGGUAA